UUCGUCCUCCAGGGAUGCGAUGCUUCAGUGAUGCUCGAAUCCACUCCCACUGACGGGACAGACGUCGAGAGAUUCGCUGACGGGAACGAUAACUCCGUUCGUGGAUUCGAGAUCAUCGACGAGGCCAAGACGAGGAUCGAGGCCGUGUGUCCGGGAGCUGUGAGCUGCGCUGAUAUCAUCGCCGUAGCAGCCAGAGAUUCGUCCGUCAUUGUAAGAAAGCUUUUCCUCCAGAGUCGUGUAGUGUUCCUGGCUUGGCUUGACCCCUGGUCUUCUUUGUCAGCUCGGAGGAUUGUUCUAUCAGGUACCAACCGGAAGGUACGAUGGAAGAGUUUCCAACAGGACGCUCAAUCUCUAGGUGGCCACACUAUCGGUCGAACAAAGUGCCGCUUCUUCGAGAACCGUCUCUACAACUUCACUGGUGGACUGCCGGAUCCCAGGCUGAAUGCCGAGUACGCUGCUGCGCUCCGACGGAUUUGCACUCCACAGGGAGCAGACCCAAGCCCGACAGUGGCCCUGGACAGAAACUCCGAGUUUAGCUUCGACAACGCCUACUUCAGGAACCUGGUCGCGAACAAUGGUGUACUGAACUCCGACCACGUCCUUGUUGAGAGCUCUGAGACCUCCGGCCUCGUGAGGUUUCUUGCUCAGGAUCCCAACCUGUUCAAGGUUUUAUUCGCGGAGUCCAUGAUCAACAUGGGAAAUGCUGCCUGGAAGACCCGAGCCAACGGAGAAAUCAGAAGGAAGUGUAGCGCUGUAAACACGAGGCUUACCACCGAGGUCGGACACAUUGCAGCCGUCUAAAAGUUUGCGGGCCU